AUGCAUUAUCUUUCCGUUUCCCUCUCCAAAACCAUGGCCCUGAACGACUCUUCUUCCAAAGCAAGCCACGAUGAGGCAGCACAAUUAGCGUCGACUCUUUUGAAUAUCAGCUUAACAUCUGGAGACAAUGGCAACUCCCAUGACCACCAACAGCAACAACAGCAAGAUCUACUCUUUAAUCCCACCCACCGGAUAGACGACGACAUUGAUGACACGCUUGCUCCAAGGUCUCUCAAGGACAAGUUACUUGACGCGACACCCCAAGAUAAGCAAGCUUUGAAGGAGCUAAUAGCUACACGAUUGGAUGAAGGGAGUGGUGAAACGCUAUUUGAGAUUGGCGUUGAAGAUGAUGGAACAUCCAUGAUGCUUGGGGAGGCCGAUUAUCAAAAAGCAUUGACAACAUUGCAAACGAUUACAUCGGAUCUAUCAGCGGAUUAUGCAGUGGUGGAAGAACGUGGUCGUGAUACGACGAAUGGAAAACCACAAGAGAUUGUUGCCCAUUUGAUGAUCCGGAAACGGAUGGAUUCUGUGGAAGAUUUACUCGAGAUUCGAAUAGCUGUGGUGGGCAAUGUGGAUGCUGGCAAAUCGACCUUGUUGGGUGUAUUGACAAAAGGAAUUCUCGAUGAUGGAAGAGGCAAAGCACGUGUGAACUUGUUCAGACACAAGCAUGAAAUUGAAUCUGGUCGUACAUCGAGUGUUGGUGGUGAAAUCCUGGGCUUCGAUUCCAAGUCGCAACCUAUCACACAUCCCUCUUCUUCAGGGCGCAAAUUGACAUGGGAAGAGAUUUGCAAGCGAGCAAGCAAGGUGUUGAGCUUUGUGGAUUUAGCAGGGCAUGAAAAGUAUCUCAAGACUACGGUGUUUGGUAUGACUGGAAGUGCUCCUGAAUUUGUCAUGUUGAUGGUGGGUGCCAAUGCUGGCAUGAUUGGAAUGACCAAGGAGCACCUGGGUAUAGCGCUUUCAUUGGGAAUCCCUGUUCUUGUUGUGGUGACCAAGAUUGAUCGGUGUCCUCCCAAAGUCCUUGAGACCACCAUCAAAGAAUUGACAUCGAUUCUCAAAUCCAAAUCAUGCCGCAAAAUACCAUUGUUUGUGGAGAGUAACACGGAUGUGAUUAUGACAGCGCAAAACUUUGUGAGCGAGCGUCUUUGCCCCAUCUUUCAAAUCAGCAAUGUGACAGGACAAGGCUUGGAUCUACUCAAGAACUUUUUGAACGUCCUCUCAACGCAAACACGUUAUGCGAACGAUAAGCCUUUCCACUACGAGAUCAAUGAAACGUACUCGGUUCCCUUUGUCGGCACGGUGGUCAGUGGUAUUAUGAUGACGGGUGUUAUUCAUGUGGGCGACAAGGUCCUUAUUGGUCCCGAUUCUACCGGUCAUUUCAGUGUCACAACGAUCAAAGGCAUUCAUCGUAAACGGGUAACGGUGCCUGCAGCACGUGCUGGACAAAGCGUCACUUUUGCGCUCAAGAAUAUACGAAGGAAUGCCAUACGUAAAGGAAUGGUGUUGUUACGUUACGAUAAGGAUCAGCCCUUGCCAAAGUGCUCCAAACGUUUUGAAGCUGAAAUCUUGGUGCUCUAUCAUUCAACCACCAUCAAGGAGAGAUAUCAAGCUAUGGUUCAUUGUGGGGCUGUACGUCAAACGGCUAGUAUCAUUAGCAUGGAGAGACAAUUGCUGCGAACAGGCGAUAGAGCCUUAGUGCGAUUUGAAUUUGUCAAAUUUCCUGAGUACUUGACAGUUGGCAGUCGUUUGAUUUUCCGUGAAGGAAGGACAAAAGGUGUUGGAAAGAUAACAAAGUUACUCGAGUAG